AUGGAUUUAGAAGCAGUUUUUAAAUAAGCAAAAUAGAUUUUGAUUUUUUUUAAAGUUUAAGAGAAAGUUUAGAUAUGUUGUAAAAUAAUGUUAUACAUAAAUCACAAGAAAAAUGAUAUUGUAUUAAAAAAGGUUUUCAUCAAUGAUUUAUGCAAAAAAAGGUUUAAUCGAAUGAAUUCUUCAUCAUUAUAGAUAGAAGUCUGA